UACGUGACAAACAGGAAUCAACCGCGUUCAGGGCCAGAAGUGGCUUCUUUUUGCGUGUGUCUGUGGAGGUUUUGGCCCGUGUUGCGUGCUGGAACCCAGCAUGGCUUCCACAUCGAUGCCGCAGAAGCGCUACUACAGACAGCGAGCCCACGCAAACCCGAUGGCCCACCACACGUUUGACUACCCGGUGUGUCCUGAAGAAAUGGACUGGUCCAAGCUUUAUCCAGACCUCAUACCUGGUCCCUCACCAGAGACGGAGGCCCCUAAAGUCGAGUUUGCAGACAUCGGCUGUGGAUACGGGGGUCUUCUGGUGGAGUUAUCUCCACUAUUCCCAGAUAAGCUCAUGUUGGGCUUGGAGAUCAGAGUGAAAGUAUCGGAUUACGUGCAGGACCGCAUUCGGUCUCUGCGUGAAACGAACCCGGGAAGCUACCAGAACAUCGCGUGCCUCCGCAGCAACGCAAUGAAGUACCUCCCCAACUUUUUCUUCAAAGGACAGCUCAGUAAGAUGUUCUUCCUGUUCCCCGACCCUCAUUUCAAGAAGACCAAGCACAAAUGGAGGAUCGUUAGCCCCACGUUGUUAGCAGAAUACGCCUACACACUCAGGAUCGGGGGUUUGGUGUACACCAUAACAGAUGUGGAGGAGGCGCACGUCUGGAUGGUGAAGCACUUCAGCGAACAUCCGCUGUUCGCACGUGUGCCAGAAGAGGAUCUGGUGGAUGACGUCAUCAUAAGCCGCUUGAGUUCCUGCACUGAGGAAGGAAAGAAGGUGCAGAGGAACGGCGGGAAGACCUACCUCGCAGUUUUCCAGAGGAUCGAGGAUCCGCUUUGAAAUCAGACACUUUGGACUUUAAUGCAAUACUUUAAUGUGUUUAACCACAUGGACAACAAAGCUCCUCAGUCGUCUGGAGACUCCUUCUCCUUAAACACCAAGUGAAAACAAUGGCUCACUAGACAAAAGGUUAUUUUCUUUUUUUAUUUAUUUUUAUUUCUUUCAAUGUACAUUUCCCUCACCGGCUGGCCAGGCACCUCUAAUUUUGAGGUUGUUUAUGUUUUUUAUUCCAAACCUGGUUGAGUAAACUAUGCAGCUUUUUAUAAGACAAGAUCUCUGUGUUUUCUUUGCGUACCAUUCCUUCAGCGGCUUGUUUGUUUUGGAUCGUCAUCUGGCUGCAAGAUUAGAGAGUUUUCUGUCAUGACUCAACGUGAUGAACAUUUAUCCUUAUCUAUCGGCCCAUCUUUGUGAAGUUCAAAUCAAAGUGGUGUUCAGCAGUAACAGUAGCAUUCAGUGUGCAUUGUGUGAUUGCUAGCUGUAUAUUACAGGUCGGUAUGCGGGUCUGUCAGGGGCAUGGAAACGGGACGGCGCAGGUCUGAAAAGGCCUUGUGCUGCUUCGGGCUGUGGUGAUUAUCAACAGGACAGCACAUGCCUUUACGUUCAUAACCCAGACACUGGAAAAACUGAGCUGAGGAGGGAAAUGCUGAACCCUAAACACUGGUUCAGUUCUUGAACUGAGACGUGUCCAAUUAAUCAGGUUAAGCUUUUUGUUUUUGCUAGAUUCAUAUAUUCUUCUGCAUGUCCUACAUGAAACAUUUUUCCAACCAAAUCCAGGUAAACUUGAACCACAUUAACCUCUGAUUAGUAGAUUAAAUUGCGCACAUAAUAAGCGUGUCAACCAAAGCCUCCUGGACACCUGAAGGUGAAGAGAAACAAUGUUUUUGUAGCGACUCCUGGGAAAAAUCCAAGGUUAACCCAAACAUAAACCAGAGACCAAACACUUCCCGGUGCUCCAGUGGUUUUCCCAGGCGCCUGAAGGUUUCUUCCCAUGGGACCGUCAGCUCUACGCACACAGAAAAAAAAAAGAGAAAGAAGCUUCUCAGGAACGUUUUCAUGGCCAUCACAGCAGUCCUGAGGCGCUGACCUGGUCCUGAAAUUCCCCAGAUCCAUCCCCAGGAUCUGCCAGCACAAGCCCCGAACCAUGAAGUUCCAGGUCCGGGUCUUUCCUCUGGGCUUCUGAGUCAGAGCUCCAGGUAACAACUGGGCUGCGUUCACACAGCAGCCAAAUGCAACCUAAACCUGCCUAUUCUCUGUCAAUAUGCGACCCAUAUCCGGCUUUCUCACCGGUUUGAACGGCCCGAUUCAGAUCUUCUGACCCAAAGAAUCAUAUCAGUUCCACUUCUAUACAUGGACCUGAUUGUUUUUGAAGCAUUUCAUCCGGCUUGUACGCAUUGAUACAAGACAUGCGUCAUAAUUCCUCACCAGAAAAAAGCAGAGGCGGUAAAUCUGUACAUAAACACUGGUUGGAAAUUAUUAUGAACUUAUAAAGAAGUCUGCAUCACAUCACUGUCCCUCCACGCCCAAACAAGAGUCAGUUCUCCACAAAGAAACCAUCGCUAU